AUGUUGCUAUUCUUAGCCCUACCCAUCAUCUGUCUUUUUCUCUAUUACAAGUUGCAUUAUCGUCGAUUCCGCAAAUAUGCAAACUUUCCUCAACUGAAAUCUUCCCUCGUCUGGGGCCAUCUUCAAACUCUUCACAAGGUCCAUAAAGAUCGCCACCGCAUUGAUGGAGACAUUGAUCCUGUCUUUGGCGAUCUCAUGGAGCAAGCCGGCAACCCUCCGGUUCUCUUCAUUGACUUAUGGCCGCUGAACGAGCCCAUGCUCCUGAUCAGAGAUCAUGACGUAGCCGAGCAGGUUUCGAAGCAAUCCCAGUUAUGGCCUUACAGCCUACCGAAGUCGCCAUCGUUUAAGGAAUAUCUACCGCUCGUUGACGAGCAUUCGUUGAUCUGGAAAUCUGGCCAUCACUGGAAGACAUUGCGCAAACUCUUCAAUCCUGGCUUCGCGCCCAAGCAUCUCAUGACUUUGUUGUCGGUUGUCCUGAACAAAACAAAGAUCUUCGUGCAGAUUUUAGACGAGCAUGCGGCUAAGAAAGAUGUAUUUGAUUUGUCCUCUCCCUGUACUAAUCCCACGUUCGAUAUAAUCGGAGCUGUGACCAUGGACGAAGACCUCCACGUCCAAGUCCCAGACGCACUCCAGAGUCACUUCAUCCAAAAUUACAAACGGUUUGCCGCGACGUACCGUGCCGAUGGUUCCCCUUCAUUGUUGCCUUCUUUCAGUGUACGCUGGGAGCGACGACGGCUUGGACAGGCCUUGGAUGUCUUUCUCGGCGACGUUAUUCGACGGAAAUUCGAUCUCUACAAAGCAGAUAGUAACACGGCAAGUCGGAGUAUCCUCGCCCUCAGCCUCAAAGACAUCAACAUGCUCACUCAACCCAUUAUGGACGACAUCAUCAGCGCAUUGAAGACAUUCCUGUUCGCUGGGCACGACACGACGAGCAUCCUGCUGCAAUGGGCUUUAUACGAACUUUCAAGCAACCCGCACACACUUGCGCGCAUGCGGUACGAAUUGGACCAGGUUUUAGGCCAGAGCGCUGAUCUAGAUCAUGUCUUUGAAGUAAUCAAUAAAGGCGGAGAAGAGGUCGUCGGUCAGCUGAAAUACACGUCUGCAGUCAUAAAGGAGGUUUUGCGGUUGCAUCCUCCAGCUGCGACAGCGAGAUACUCCCCUCCGGGAACCGGAUUUCAUUUGACUAUGCCCGAUGGAAGCCGUAUCUGCGCCGACGACUUAAUGCUAUACAACGGCAACUACCUGAUUCACCGAUGUUUGCAGGUCUAUGGGGAAACAAAAGACGAUUUCAUCCCGGAACGAUGGCUUGAUGCGUCAGCUUCCAACUCCCAAACCAGCACUAAAUUUGAAAACGCUCACAUCCCCCCCUCAUCUUGGAGGCCAUUUGAGCGGGGACCUCGGAAUUACAUCGGGCAGGAACUGGCCAACAUUGAGGCCAAGGUGAUUCUUGUUGUUCUUGUCGGCCGAUACGACUUGGUUAAAGAAGGAUUGGGCAGGCCUAUACUUGGAGCGAAUGGCGAGCCAUUGCUGGACGCGAGAGGAAGGCACAUCACUGAUUCGGAUGUCUACAAUUCUCGACAGAUUACCGCACAGCCAGUUGAUGGAAUGAGAGUUAGGUCAAUCCGCAGAACAACAUAG